CCGACAUCUUCUUAGGGUCUGAGCAAACUAUUUAAGGCAGUGAAACUCGCAAGUAGUUACCAAACCCUACAUCGGAUGACGGCCUUAGAUGUCCUCGUCAUCUCCACAAGCACCGAGUAACGAGCGCGUCGGUUCCGCCCCGGCGUUAUUUAAAGAGCGAAGGUUAAGUAUUCUCAUGGCCCCGACUCUGUUCUCUUAAGAGAAAGAAACUAACUCGAAAGAAAAAUGGCGUUUGUGGCAACCCAAGGGGCCACGGUGGUUGACCAAACCACGUUGAUGAAAAAGUACCUUCAGUUUGUAGCUGCUCUGACGGAUGUAAAUACACCGGAUGAAACCAAAUUGAAAAUGAUGCAAGAAGUUAGUGAAAAUUUUGAGAAUGUAACAUCAUCACCUCAGUAUUCUACUUUCUUGGAACAUAUCAUCCCUCGGUUUCUUACAUUUCUUCAAGAUGGAGAAGUUCAGUUUCUGCAGGAGAAACCAGCUCAGCAAUUGCGGAAGCUAGUUCUCGAAAUAAUCCAUAGAAUACCAACUAACGAACAUCUUCGUCCUCAUACAAAAAACGUUCUGUCUGUGAUGUUUCGCUUCCUAGAGACGGAAAAUGAAGAAAAUGUACUUAUUUGUCUGAGGAUAAUUAUUGAACUGCACAAGCAAUUUAGGCCACCAAUUACUCAAGAAAUUCAUCACUUUAUGGACUUUGUGAAACAAAUCUACAAGGAGCUUCCAAAAGUAGUGAAUCGUUAUUUUGAGAAUCCCCAAGUAAUACCCGAGAAUACUGUUCCUUCUCCAGAAAUGGUUGGAAUGAUAACAACACUUGCUGUGAAAGUCAAUCCUGAACGGGAUGAUAGUGAGACAAGGACGCAUUCCAUAAUUCCCAGAGGGUCUUUGUCCUUGAAAGUAUUGGCUGAGUUGCCCAUCAUUGUGGUUUUAAUGUAUCAGCUUUACAAGCUGAACAUUCAUAAUGUGGUUGCUGAAUUCGUGCCCUUGAUAAUGAAUACCAUUAUCAUUCAGGUAUCUACCCAAGCAAGGCAACAUAAACUUUACAAUAAAGAGUUGUAUGCUGACUUCAUUGCUGCUCAGAUUAAAACCUUAUCAUUUUUGGCUUACAUUAUAAGAAUUUACCAGGAUCUGGUAGCCAAGUAUUCCCAGCAAAUGGUCAAAGGAAUGUUGCAAUUACUGUCAAACUGCCCAGCAGAAACUGCACACCUCCGAAAGGAACUUCUGAUUGCUGCAAAACACAUUCUUACCACCGAUUUAAGGAGCCAAUUCAUUCCGUGCAUGGACAAACUGUUUGAUGAAUCCAUACUAAUUGGCUCUGGAUAUACAGCUCGAGAGACACUGAGGCCACUUGCCUACAGCACCCUGGCAGAUCUGGUGCACCACGUUCGUCAGCACUUACCACUAAACGACCUCUCCCUUGCUGUCCAGCUCUUUGCCAAGAAUAUUGACGAUGAAUCAUUACCUAGUAGUAUUCAGACCAUGUCUUGCAAACUAUUGCUAAAUCUCGUAGAUUGCAUCCGUUCAAAAAGUGAGCAAGAAAAUGGAAAUGGGAGAGACAUCCUAAUGAGGAUGUUAGAGGUUUUUGUCCUUAAAUUCCACACUAUUGCCCGCUACCAGUUAUCUGCCAUUUUUAAAAAAUGUAAACCUCAGUCAGAACUUGGAGCAGCAGAAGCCGCCCUGCCGGGGGUCCCGACAGCCCCCACAGCUCCGGCCCCGGCUCCAUCGCCAGCCCCAGCUGCCUCUGUUGCUCCAGCUCCAGUGCCUGUUUUUGAGAAACAAGGAGAAAAGGAGAAAGAAGACAAGCAGACAUUCCAAGUCACUGAUUGCCGGAGUUUGGUAAAAACUUUGGUUUGUGGUGUCAAGACAAUUACGUGGGGCAUAACGUCGUGUAAAGCACCCGGUGAAGCACAAUUCAUUCCCAACAAACAGUUGCAGCCUAAGGAGACCCAGAUUUACAUAAAGCUUGUGAAAUAUGCUAUGCAGGCUCUAGAUAUUUAUCAGGUGCAGAUAGCAGGGAAUGGGCAGACCUACAUUCGGGUAGCAAACUGUCAGACUGUUAGAAUGAAAGAAGAGAAGGAAGUGCUGGAACAUUUUGCAGGUGUCUUCACAAUGAUGAACCCAUUAACAUUUAAAGAAAUCUUUCAAACCACAGUACCUUAUAUGGUGGAAAGAAUCUCAAAAAAUUAUGCUCUUCAGAUUGUUGCCAAUUCCUUCUUGGCAAAUCCUACCACCUCUGCUCUGUUUGCUACCAUUUUGGUGGAGUAUCUUCUUGAUCGACUGCCAGAAAUGGGCUCUAAUGUAGAACUCUCCAAUCUGUACCUCAAGCUGUUUAAGUUGGUUUUUGGCUCUGUUUCACUCUUUGCAGCUGAAAAUGAACAAAUGCUGAAGCCACAUUUGCACAAGAUAGUUAACAGCUCCAUGGAACUCGCCCAGACUGCCAAAGAGCCCUACAACUAUUUCCUGCUGCUUCGAGCCCUGUUUCGCUCCAUUGGUGGAGGAAGUCACGACCUCCUGUAUCAAGAGUUCUUGCCACUGUUGCCGAAUUUACUGCAAGGACUCAACAUGUUGCAAAGUGGACUCCACAAGCAGCACAUGAAAGAUUUGUUUGUGGAACUGUGUCUCACUGUACCCGUCCGACUGAGCUCUCUCCUUCCGUAUCUACCAAUGUUAAUGGAUCCCUUGGUAUCAGCCCUCAAUGGAUCUCAGACUUUAGUUAGCCAAGGCCUGAGAACUCUUGAGUUGUGUGUAGAUAAUCUUCAGCCAGACUUUCUGUAUGAUCACAUUCAGCCAGUCCGAGCUGAGCUCAUGCAGGCUUUGUGGCGUACCUUACGAAAUCCUGCGGACAGCAUUUCUCACGUGGCCUACCGUGUUCUUGGUAAAUUUGGAGGGAGUAAUAGGAAAAUGUUAAAGGAAUCACAGAAGCUUCAGUACAUUGUCACUGAAAUUCAAGGACCCAGUAUUACCAUAGAGUUUUCUGAUUGCAAAGCAUCUAUUCAGCUCCCAAUGGAGAAGGCAAUUGAGACCGCUUUGGACUGCCUGAAGAGCGCUAAUACAGAGCCAUACUACCGGAGGCAGGCAUGGGAAGUGAUCAAAUGCUUUUUGGUGGCCAUGAUGAGUCUCGAUGACAAUAAACAUGCCUUAUAUCAACUCCUUGCACAUCCAAACUUUACAGAGAAGUCGAUACCCAGUGUAAUAAUUUCACAUCGAUACAAGGCUCAGGACACCCCUGCCCGGAAAACAUUUGAGCAAGCAUUGACCGGCGCAUUCAUGUCGGCUGUGAUCAAAGAUCUGCGGCCUAGUGCUCUGCCUUUUGUAGCCAGUUUAAUUCGUCACUAUACGAUGGUUGCGGUAGCCCAGCAGUGUGGUCCUUUCUUGCUACAGUGCUAUCAGGUGGGCAGUCAGCCAAGCACAGCCAUGUUUCAUAGUGAAGAAAAUGGAUCGAAAGGAAUGGAUCCCUUGGUGCUUAUUGAUGCAAUAGCCAUUUGCAUGGCUUAUGAAGAAAAGGAACUUUGCAAAAUAGGGGAGGUGGCUCUAGCAGUCAUAUUUGAUGUUGCAAGUAUUAUCCUGGGAUCCAAGGAAAGGGCUUGCCAGCUCCCACUCUUUUCUUAUAUCGUGGAACGCUUAUGUGCUUGCUGUUAUGAACAAGCUUGGUAUGCGAAGCUAGGGGGUGUGGUGUCCAUUAAAUUUCUCAUGGAACGACUGCCUCUCAUUUGGGUCCUCCAGAACCAACAGACUUUCCUCAAAGCGCUUCUUUUUGUUAUGAUGGACCUGACAGGAGAGGUAUUUAAUGUUUCCAAUGGAGCAGUAGCUAUGGCAAAAACGACUCUGGAGCAGCUUCUGAUUAGGUGUGCUACCCCCUUGAAAGAUGAGGAAAAAUCUGAAGAGAUUCUCUCCGCUCAGGAAAAGUCUUUCCACCACGUAACACAUGAUCUGGUGCGAGAAGUCACCUCUCCAAAUUCCACUGUGAGGAAGCAAGCUAUGCAUUCACUGCAGGUGUUAGCACAAGUCACUGGAAAAAGUGUCACUGUGAUAAUGGAACCACAUAAAGAGGUCCUUCAAGAUAUGGUUCCUCCUAAAAAACAUUUACUCAGGCAUCAACCUGCAAAUGCUCAGAUUGGCCUAAUGGAAGGAAACACAUUUUGUACAACUCUACAACCAAGACUGUUUACAAUGGACCUCAAUGUGGUAGAGCACAAGGUUUUCUAUACAGAGCUGCUGAAUUUGUGUGAGGCUGAAGAUGCAGCCUUAAUGAAACUACCCUGUUAUAAAAGUCUUCCAUCACUUGUACCUUUGCGAAUUGCAGCUUUAAAUGCUCUAGCUGCCUGCAAUUACCUUCCUCAGUCCAGAGAGAAAAUCAUUGCUGCACUUUUCAAGGCACUUAAUUCCACAAAUAAUGAACUUCAGGAGGCAGGAGAAGCCUGUAUGAGAAAGUUUUUGGAGGGUGCUACGAUAGAAGUUGAUCAGAUUCACACACACAUGAGGCCUUUACUGAUGAUGUUGGGAGAUUAUCGAAGUUUGACCCUGAAUGUUGUGAAUCGUCUAACUUCCGUCACGAGGCUCUUCCCAAACUCCUUCAAUGAUAAAUUCUGUGAUCAGAUGAUGCAACACCUGCGUAAAUGGAUGGAGGUGGUUGUUAUGACACACAAAGGAGGACAGAGAAGCGAUGGAAACGAGAGCAUUUCAGAGUGCGGGAGAUGUUCCUUGUCUCCAUUCUGUCAGUUUGAGCCUGCCAUGGAAGGGGUAGAGGAAAUGAAGAUUUGUUCAGCAAUCAUCAAUCUGUUUCAUCUGAUCCCAGCUGCUCCUCAGACUCUGGUUAAGCCUUUAUUAGAAGUUGUAAUGAAAACUGAACGAGCAAUGUUGAUAGAGGCUGGCAGCCCAUUCAGAGAGCCAUUGAUCAAGUUUUUAACACGUCAUCCUUCCCAAACUGUCGAGCUCUUCAUGAUGGAAGCUACGCUGAAUGAUCCACAGUGGAGCCGAAUGUUUAUGAGUUUUUUAAAACACAAAGAUGCCAAACCUCUUCGGGAUGUCCUGGCGGCGAAUCCGAACCGAUUCAUCACAUUAUUGUUACCCGGUGGUACUCAAGCGGCAGUAAGACCUGGCUCUCCCAGCACUAGCACAAUGCGUCUUGAUCUUCAAUUUCAGGCCAUCAAGAUCAUAAGUAUUAUAGUUAAGAACGAUGAAUCCUGGUUGGCAAAUCAACACUCCUUAGUGAGUCAAUUAAGGCGUGUGUGGGUGAGUGAAACUUUUCAAGAAAGACACCGAAAGGAAAAUAUGGCUGCAACUAACUGGAAGGAGCCUAAACUGCUGGCAUACUGCUUGCUAAAUUACUGCAGAAGAAAUUAUGGAGAUAUAGAGUUGCUCUUUCAGCUGCUUCGAGCCUUUACUGGUCGUUUCCUCUGUAACAUGACAUUCUUAAAGGAGUAUAUGGAGGAAGAAAUUCCCAAAAAUUACAGCAUUUCUCAAAAACGUGCUCUGUUCUUCCGCUUCGUAGACUUCGCUGACCCGAAUUUUGGAGAUGAGCUCAAGGCUAAGGUUCUGCAGCAUGUCCUGAAUCCUGCUUUCUUAUAUAGUUUUGAAAAAACAGAAGGAGAGCAACUUUUGGGACCUCCCAAUCCAGAAGGAGAUAAUCCAGAAAGCAUCACCAGUGUUUUUAUAACCAAGGUACUUGACCCAGAGAAGCAGGCAGACAUGCUGGACUCUCUCAGAAUUUACCUGUUACAAUUUGCUACGCUUCUUGUUGAACACGCACCACACCAUAUCCAUGAUAACAACAAGAACCGGAAUAGCAAACUGCGCCGCUUGAUGACAUUUGCCUGGCCGUGCUUGUUAUCCAAGGCAUGUGUGGAUCCAGCCUGCAAAUACAGUGGUCACUUACUUCUUGCACAUAUAAUUGCCAAAUUUGCAAUACACAAGAAAAUAGUUCUUCAGGUCUUUCACAGUCUUCUCAAGGCUCACGCCAUGGAGGCCCGUGCAAUUGUCAGACAAGCAAUGGCUAUCCUAACUCCAGCAGUACCAGCUCGGAUGGAAGACGGACACCAGAUGCUGACUCACUGGACCCGCAAAAUCAUUGUAGAAGAGGGUCAUACUGUUCCUCAACUCGUCCACAUCUUGCAUCUGAUAGUGCAGCAUUUCAAGGUUUACUACCCAGUGAGACAUCAUUUGGUGCAACAUAUGGUGAGUGCCAUGCAGAGAUUGGGCUUCACUCCCAGCGUUACCAUUGAGCAAAGAAAACUGGCUGUAGAUCUGGCGGAAGUGGUCAUCAAAUGGGAACUGCAAAGGAUUAAAGAUCAGCAGCCGGAUUCAGAUAUGGAUUCAACUGCAAGUGGAGAGGGAGCCAGUACUACCUCAUCUGCCGUUAAAAGGGGACUGUCUGUUGAUUCUGGCCAAGAAGUGAAACGUUUCAGGACUGCUUCUGGAGCAAUAAGUGCAGUAUUUGGAAGGAGCCAGUCAUUGCCUGGGGCUGAUGCACUUCAGGCAAAGCCCAUUGAUAAGCAACAUACUGAUACUGUAGUGAACUUUCUGAUUAGAAUUGCCUGUCAGGUAAAUGACAACUCCAAUACUGCAGGCUCUCCUGGAGAGUUGCUUUCUCGUCGCUGUGUAAAUCUCCUAAAGACUGCUUUGCGACCUGAUAUGUGGCCAAAAUCAGAACUCAAGCUACAGUGGUUUGACAAGCUACUGAUGACUGUGGAGCAGCCAAAUCAAGCCAACUUUGCAAAUAUUUGCACUGGCUUAGAAGUACUGAGUUUCCUGCUAACCGUGCUGCAGUCCCCAGCAAUCCUCAGUAGCUUCAAACCUUUGCAGCGAGGGAUAGCUGCCUGCAUGACUUGUGGGAACACCAAAGUUUUGCGAGCAGUUCACAGUCUUCUAUCCCGCUUAAUGAGCAUCUUCCCUACGGAGCCAAGUACUUCAAGUGUAGCUUCAAAAUACGAAGAGCUGGAAUGCCUCUAUGCUGCAGUAGGGAAAGUGAUUUAUGAAGGUCUUACUAAUUAUGAGAAGGCCACCAAUGCUAACCCUUCGCAACUCUUUGGUACUCUAAUGAUUCUGAAGUCCGCCUGCAGUAACAACCCUAGCUACAUAGACAGAUUAAUUUCUGUCUUCAUGCGGUCCCUACAGAAGAUGGUCAGAGAACACUUAAAUCCACAAGCAGCCUCAGGAACCGUAGAAGCAAACACAGCAGGUACAAGUGAACUGGUGAUGUUGAGUUUGGACCUUGUGAAAACUCGCCUUGCUGUAAUGAGCAUGGAGAUGAGGAAGAACUUUAUUCAAGCUAUUCUGACAUCACUCAUUGAAAAAUCAUCUGAUGCAAAGAUUCUUCGUGCUGUUGUAAAAAUUGUGGAAGAAUGGGUUAAAAAUAAUUCUCCUCUGGCAGCCAAUCAGACCCCCACCCUCCGAGAAAAAUCCAUCUUGCUAGUGAAAAUGAUGACCUACAUUGAAAAGCGUUUUCCAGAAGACCUUGAAUUAAAUGCCCAGUUCUUAGACCUGGUUAACUAUGUCUAUAGGGAUGAAAAUCUGUCUGGGAGCGAGCUCACUGCGAAACUAGAGCCUGCCUUCCUUUCAGGAUUACGCUGUGCUCAGCCAAUCAUCAGAGCCAAAUUUUUUGAGGUUUUCGACAACUCCAUGAAGCGUCGCGUCUAUGAACGUCUGCUUUAUGUGACCUGUUCUCAAAACUGGGAGGCCAUGGGCAACCACUUUUGGAUCAAACAGUGCAUCGAGCUCCUGUUGGCAGUAUGUGAGAAAAACACGACAAUCGGUACAAGUUGUCAGGGUGCAAUGCUGCCAUCUAUCACUAAUGUCAUCAACCUAGCCGACAGCCACGACCGGGCAGCGUUUGCCAUGGUAACCCACGUCAAACAGGAACCCCGGGAGAGGGAGAAUAGUGAAUCCAAAGAAGAGGAUGUGGAGAUAGACAUUGAACUAGCUCCAGGAGAUCAGACUAGCACACCGAAAACCAAAGAACUUUCUGAAAAAGACAUUGGCAACCAAUUACAUAUGCUGACCAACAGACAUGACAAGUUCCUGGACUCCCUUCGAGAAGUGAAGACUGGGGCACUACUCAGUGCUUUUGUCCAACUGUGCCAUAUUUCUACAACAUUAGCUGAGAAGACUUGGAUCCAGCUUUUUGCCAGAUUAUGGAAAAUUCUGUCUGAUCGACAGCAACAUGCACUGGCGGGUGAAAUAAGCCCAUUCCUGUGCAGUGGGAGUCACCAAGUCCAGAGGGAUUGCCAGCCAAGCGCUUUGAACUGUUUUGUGGAAGCUAUGUCUCAGUGUGUCCCUCCCAUCCCCAUCCGACCUUGUGUGCUGAAAUAUUUGGGCAAGACUCAUAAUCUCUGGUUCCGAUCCACGUUAAUGCUCGAGCACCAAGCUUUUGAAAAAGGACUAAGUCUUCAAAUUAAGCCUAAACAGACCACAGAAUUUUAUGAGCAGGAGAGCAUUACACCACCUCAGCAAGAAAUACUGGAUUCACUUGCUGAACUUUACUCACUGUUGCAAGAGGAGGAUAUGUGGGCUGGUUUAUGGCAAAAACGCUGCAAAUUUCCCGAGACAGCCACAGCUAUUGCAUAUGAACAGCAUGGAUUUUUUGAGCAGGCACAAGAAUCCUAUGAAAAAGCAAUGGAGAAAGCCAAAAAGGAACAUGAACGGAAUAAUGCGUCUCCUGCUAUCUUCCCAGAAUACCAGCUGUGGGAAGACCAUUGGAUUCGCUGCUCUAAGGAGUUGAACCAGUGGGAGGCUUUGACAGAAUACGGCCAGUCGAAAGGUCAUAUAAAUCCUUAUCUCGUAUUGGAAUGUGCUUGGAGAGUGUCAAACUGGACAGCCAUGAAGGAGGCAUUAGUUCAGGUGGAGCUGAGUUGUCCAAAGGAGAUGGCCUGGAAAGUCAACAUGUAUCGAGGAUAUUUGGCUAUCUGCCAUCCUGAAGAACAGCAGCUCAACUUCAUUGAACGCCUCGUUGAGAUGGCUAGUAGCCUGGCCAUUCGCGAAUGGCGAAGGCUUCCCCAUGUUGUGUCGCAUGUUCACACUCCCCUUCUUCAGGCAGCACAACAGAUCAUAGAACUUCAGGAAGCAGCCCAAAUCAAUGCCGGUUUGCAGCCAACUAACCUGGGGAGGAACAACAGCCUGCAUGACAUGAAGACUGUGGUAAAAACCUGGAGGAACAGGUUGCCCAUUGUGUCAGAUGAUUUAUCUCACUGGAGCAGCAUUUUCAUGUGGAGACAGCAUCAUUACCAGGCUAUUGUAACCGCCUAUGAGAAUAGUUCACAGCACGACCCCAGUUCUAACAAUGCUAUGCUUGGGGUCCAUGCGUCAGCUUCGGCAAUUAUCCAGUAUGGCAAAAUCGCUCGGAAACAAGGGUUGGUCAAUGUGGCUCUGGACAUUCUAAGUCGUAUUCACACGAUUCCUACUGUACCGAUUGUGGAUUGCUUUCAGAAGAUUCGACAGCAAGUCAAGUGUUACCUCCAGCUGGCUGGAGUCAUGGGCAAAAAUGAAUGUAUGCAGGGGCUUGAAGUUAUUGAAUCCACAAAUUUGAAGUACUUUACAAAGGAGAUGACUGCUGAAUUCUAUGCACUGAAGGGAAUGUUCUUGGCUCAGAUUAACAAGUCUGAAGAAGCGAACAAAGCAUUUUCAGCAGCUGUUCAGAUGCAUGAUGUGUUGGUGAAGGCCUGGGCCAUGUGGGGUGAUUAUCUGGAGAACAUAUUUGUCAAGGAACGGCAACUUCACUUAGGUGUAUCUGCCAUUACCUGUUACCUCCAUGCAUGUCGUCAUCAGAAUGAAAGCAAAUCGAGGAAAUAUUUGGCCAAGGUCCUGUGGCUAUUGAGUUUUGAUGAUGAUAAAAACACAUUAGCUGAUGCAGUUGACAAAUACUGUAUUGGAGUACCACCCAUUCAGUGGCUGGCCUGGAUUCCUCAGCUGUUAACCUGCUUGGUUGGAUCAGAGGGGAAGCUUCUUUUGAACCUUAUUAGUCAGGUUGGAAGAGUAUAUCCCCAAGCUGUCUACUUCCCCAUCAGAACUCUAUAUUUGACACUGAAAAUAGAGCAACGAGAACGCUACAAAAGUGAUUCCGGACAGCAGCAGCCGAGUUCAGUGGGUAAUCAGUCCCAUUCCGCCUCCGAUCCGGGGCCGAUAAGGGCCACGGCACCAAUGUGGCGCUGCAGCAGAAUUAUGCACAUGCAGCGGGAGCUGCAUCCAACUCUCCUGUCCUCUUUGGAAGGCAUUGUAGAUCAGAUGGUCUGGUUCAGAGAAAAUUGGCACGAAGAGGUUCUCAGACAGCUACAACAAGGCCUGGCAAAAUGCUAUUCGGUUGCUUUUGAGAAGAGUGGAGCCGUUUCCGAUGCCAAAAUUACCCCCCACACCCUAAAUUUUGUCAAGAAAUUGGUCAGCACCUUUGGCGUGGGCUUGGAGAAUGUCUCGAACGUCUCCACCAUGUUUUCCAGUGCGGCUUCAGAGUCCUUGGCUAGAAGAGCUCAAGCAACAGCUCAAGAUCCUGUCUUUCAGAAACUGAAAGGGCAGUUCACAACAGACUUUGACUUCAGUGUUCCUGGCUCCAUGAAACUUCAUAAUCUAAUUUCUAAACUGAAGAAAUGGAUCAAAAUCCUGGAGGCAAAAACAAAACAACUUCCCAAGUUCUUCCUUAUAGAAGAGAAAUGCCGCUUCCUAAGUAAUUUCUCAGCGCAGACAGCAGAAGUGGAAAUUCCUGGAGAGUUCCUUAUGCCAAAGCCAACACAUUACUAUAUCAAGAUUGCCAGAUUCAUGCCCAGGGUAGAGAUAGUACAAAAGCACAAUACCGCAGCCAGAAGACUGUAUAUCCGGGGUCAUAAUGGGAAGAUUUACCCAUAUCUAGUGAUGAAUGACGCUUGCUUGACAGAGUCUCGCAGAGAAGAACGGGUUUUACAGCUGCUUCGUCUUCUGAAUCCCUGUUUGGAAAAGAGAAAAGAAACCACAAAGAGGCACUUGUUUUUCACAGUUCCCCGCGUGGUGGCGGUCUCUCCGCAGAUGCGUCUUGUUGAAGACAAUCCCUCUUCUCUUUCCCUGGUGGAGAUAUACAAGCAACGCUGUGCCAAAAAAGGCAUUGAACAUGACAACCCCAUUUCUCGUUAUUAUGACCGACUGGCCACAGUGCAAGCACGAGGGACACAAGCCAGCCAUCAGGUCCUUCGUGAUAUCCUCAAAGAAGUUCAGAGUAACAUGGUGCCACGCAGCAUGCUGAAGGAGUGGGCACUGCACACAUUUCCCAACGCAACCGACUACUGGACAUUCCGCAAGAUGUUCACCAUUCAGCUAGCUCUGAUUGGUUUUGCUGAAUUCGUCUUUCAUUUGAAUAGACUCAACCCGGAGAUGUUACAGAUCGCUCAGGAUACGGGUAAACUCAAUGUUGCCUACUUUCGAUUUGAUAUCAACGAUGCUACUGGAGAUCUGGAUGCCAAUCGCCCCGUCCCAUUCCGCCUCACCCCCAACAUUUCUGAAUUCUUGACCAUGAUUGGGGUCUCGGGCCCAUUAACUGCAUCCAUGAUUGCUGUCGCCCGGUGUUUUGCACAGCCUAACUUUAAGGUUGAUGGCAUCCUGAAAACCGUGCUUCGGGACGAAAUCAUUGCCUGGCAUAAGAAGACCCAAGAGGACACCUCCUCUCCCCUUUCCGCUGCCGGGCAGCCGGAGAACAUGGACAGCCAGCAGCUGGUCUCGCUGGUCCAAAAAGCGGUGACCGCCAUCAUGACUCGACUUCAUAACCUCGCCCAGUUUGAAGGCGGGGAAAGCAAAGUCAACACCCUGGUAGCAGCUGCAAAUAGUUUGGAUAAUCUGUGCCGUAUGGAUCCAGCUUGGCAUCCUUGGCUGUAAUGGGACGUUUCUGUAGCUGCUUCUGUUACCCUUGUGCUGUGAGCCAUGUUUUGGGUUGGGGGGUGGGGAAGGGAAGCGGGGAGAGACAAUGUGAAGAAUCCAUUUGAGACUGGCUCACCCGGCGCUGCCGCCGAUUUCAUUUCCAUCUCUAGCUUGUUUUUAAUCAUGUUUACAAAAGUCCUGCCGAAUAACUGUUUCCGAAAGGGGAGUCUUGGUGUGUAAGGGAAGUACCCCAAUUUGAUAGGCGGAGGUGAUUUUUUGAAGUCUGGCUAAGAGUUAGGGAAGGAAGCUGGGACGAAAGGAUGUGAGCUGUAUACUGCGAAUUUUAGGGAGAGUGUGGAAAUACCAGCAUCGCUACACAAUCAGGAACAAAUCCUAGGCCUGGUGUUGAUGUUUUUAGAUUCCCAUGAAGAAACAAGAAUUUUCCCCAGGUGAAUUUUCUUUGUGAAAUUUUACUAAAUUGCUUUAUUUGUACUAAUGUCCAGAUUGAGAUGGACUGUUGAAAGCAACGAUAUACUGUCAAGUUUUCUUCUGUCAGAACCAUCACCAUUUUCCAAAGGCCUCGUUGGUUUGUACAGACAUUUGUAACAAGUGUAUAGAAAAUCCACUUUUGGUAGCGAGACAGAAAAUUAUGAACAAAUCGUGCUGGGCUUUUUCUCGGAGCACAAGUCCGUGUACAGUGCUAGUGCAACCAGUUUGGGGAAUUGAGUUUAGUGUUUGACCAUUAUGUAUAAAUUGGGAUUUAUAAAACUCUGAGGAUCUCGCCGCCCCUCCAGACGGUAUGUUUCUGAUGGUAACUCAAAGCGGGUCAGCAGAAGUUAUCAAAAUGGAUCUGCUCAUGGUUUUGGAUGAUUUCUAGGACACUUCUAGACUUUUUGUUUUUGUUAGAGUUGCUUCCUAGAAGACUUUUUUUCAUUUGUAAUUUAAAAACAGAUCUUGAGUUUACUUGAGCCCUCUGUGUGUGUUAGCAUUUUUAUAAAUCUGCGGUGUUGAGAAUGUUCUACCUAAAUUUGUACAGAGUGAUUUUUUCAGAAUAAAUAUUUUCUAAAAGGA